AAUGUCAUCAACAGGUUGUCAAGGUUGUCAACAAAAAUCAUAUGAUUUUCUCAUCACUUCUGCGUUUUGACUUGGAGUAAUAAAGUAGUUCAGUGCUAACUUCUCAGUGUAUUUUCAUCAAGUCGAUAAUUAUCGACAGUUAAUUCAAAGUUCGAUAACGCAAUAAAAUUCUGUAAAGUAAAGUGUUUCAUAAUUAAGUAUCUCGGGAGUUUGUGCAAUUAAUUAGUGAUUUAUUUACAACCAUGACCGAUCACGGCACUGAACUUUCGAAAUUGAAAGUGAUAUUCACGGCUGAAGUCCAAAAACAUCAUUAUAAGGAAAAUGGUGUAUGGAUGAUAAUUCACAACAAUGUUUACGAUGUUACCAGUUUUUUGGAAGAGCAUCCAGGUGGUGAGGAUUCCCUGCUGGAUGUCGCGGGGAAAGAAGCAACACAAGACUUUGAAGAUGUCGGCCACAGUGAUGAUGCAAGAGAAUUAAUGAAAAAAUAUUUGAUUGGCACCCUACCACCUGAAGAACAUAAAAAAACUGGAGGCACAACUGGAGAAAAGGACAAAUUCGAGCCACCCUGUUCAAAUCUAAAAUGGGCAGUAUUUGCACUCGCUGGCGCAUUGGUUUUCGGUAUCGUAUUGAAGAAAUAUCUCAGCAAAUAAAGUAAAACUUUAUGAGUCGAUAUUGGGGCCACAAUAAUAUAUUGGUUCAAACCAGGAACGGUUUUGCUCAUAGGUAAUCUUGCUUUGUCUGUGGUAUCAUAACUACCAAAAUGGUAGACAUCAUAGUUAAAAUAUACCAAAAUGGUAGUAUUAUAUGAAUUUGAAUAGUACAUAGUAGGAUAUAGUGCGCAUGGAUUUAAUCCACUUUAAACUCGUUUAAACUAGAAGUCUAUUUUUUCUUACUUAUUUUAUGAAAACAAUAUUUUUGUUACUUUUCAGUGUUU